AUGGCGAUGCUUCUAUUUGCUCUUCCACAAUUAGAGCUUGGUAAAGAAAUCUUUUCAUUGGACAAAGCAAUUAAAAUGUGCUUGGUGCAUGACGCUGCUGAGGCCAUAGUGGGAGAUAUCCCACCGACUGCCAAUGUACCGAAGGACGUGAAGUUUGACCAAGAAAACGAUGCCAUGCUUUUCCUGGAUUCUGUUAUAUCUAAAAAUGACGUUCGCUCUGAAUUUUACAAAACUUGGGAUCGGUAUGAGAAGAGAGAUUGCAUAGAAUCCAAAAUCGUAAAGGACCUCGACAGAAUUGAACUUUUACUGCAAACGUACGAGUAUAAACUAACACAUCCCAAUAUAAACUGCGAACAAUUCUUUGAAAGAACGCUCCCGCAUUUCGAAAUUCCGUUUAUUAAACAGUGUGCAGAAACGCUAAACGAAAGAUGGAGGCAGAUUGGCCCUCCUGAUGGUAAAUAA